AUGAAAGUAUUAAGGAAUGCAAGAAAUAGAGCACGUGGCAGUAUCAGAGCUUAUGCUGUUAUUGAGAAUUGGAAUAGCUACAAAUACGCACAAGCCUCCUCUUUCUUCCUCCUUCCUCUUCUUCAAGCUCUGACUCGUAAGCCAAUUUUCUGGGAAUCAAAGCCAUUUUCAAGAACUAAGGUCCGCAUUUUCAAGUGUCGUUUAGUGGUAGUCAUCUCGGAUUUGAUCGAUUGGUUGAUGGAUUUGGAUUUGUCACGAAACGCGUAG